AAAAAAUGUAAUGACACUAAUUGUCAACGCUUUCAAUAUUAAAUUCAUCGUAACAACGAUAACAAUCAUAUUUACUCGUAACAGAAAACUUGUUUUUUCACGUUAAAAGUGCCUAAAUAUCGAAUUGAAGUGUUCGAAAAACAGUGGGUUUUUCCGAUAAAAUGAGUGACCAACCUGGAAACGAACUGGAUGAGUCAGUAUUGCUAUCAGAUCGUACCAGCAACAGCGAAUUCUUUAUCGAUGAUUACUCGCAUCUAAGACUGUCUUAUUAUCAGUAUCGAGACAACAUAUCCCUAAACGUGAGUGAUUCGAUCUACCCAGAUUCAACUUACUACACUAAUGCUUCGACGAAUGAAAACCACGAAAAUUCAACUAAUUCCACCAAUGCUGCAACGGAAAAUAACAAUUUGAAUAGUACCACUCAAAAUUCUACUAAAUCAAUCAAUGCUACCACUUCUAUAGUUCUAAAUGAACAAGAAAAGCGCAAUGCAACACCUGAAAGGCACCGUGAAAACAAAGAUUUGAGUAACGCCAAUACAAAUUCUACUAUUUCAACCAAUGCUACCAAUUCUAAAGUUCUAAAUGAAGAGAAAAAACGCAAUCCAACACCUGAAAGGCACCGUGAAAACAAAGAUUUGAGUAACGCCAAUACAAAUUCUACUAUUUCAACCAAUGCUACCAAUUCUAAAGUUCUAGAUGAACUAGAAAAGCGCAAUGCAACACCUGAAAGGUACCGUGAAAACAAAGAUUUGAGUAGUGCCAAUACAAAUUCUACUAUUUCAACCAAUGCUACCAAUUCUAUAGUUCUAAAUGCAGAAGAAAAGCGCAAUGCAACGCCUGAAAGGUACCGUGUAAACAAAGAUUUGAGUAGUGCCAAUACAAAUUCUACUAUUUCAACAAUUGCUACCAAUUCUAAAGUUCUAAAUGAACAAGAAAAGCGCAAUGCAACGCCUGAAAGUUACUGUGAAAACAAAGAUUUGAAUAGCAAUACAAAUUCUACUAUUUCAACCAAUGCUACCAAUUCGAAAGUUCUAAAUGACGAUGAAAGACGCAAACUUCGUGAGUACUUAGUAUCCCAAAUACCUGAUCUGCCACACCCAUCGUACACUGCUGCAUCGAUUAUUGCAUCAGCUUCACAUAGAAUGGAUCCAUCUAAUCGUUUUGUGUACAACAAUAGAAUUGAACAAGGUAAUAGAAGGGAUGAAGAUUUUGAAAUGGAGACUUUUACACCCGAACGUAGGUCUACGCUGAAACCCGAUACGAAGCUUUGAAUUGUACUAAAAUCUAAUACCUAGCGUGUUUUUUUUUAAUUUUAAAAGUUUUUAACCAUGUAAAAAACAUAGGAAUAUAAGUGAGUGCAAAAAUGUUUUAUAAUAUAGAAAGUUACAUACUUACAUUAUUUUUUGAACAGUUUGCUUUAAUGUCUCUUUGUGUUUUAAGUAUUUUAUGAAAGUUUUAUGUAAAUACUCGUUGGAUAUGUGCGUAGAAGAUGGGUUCAUUUUCAAAAACUAUGAUUUAUUUAUUUUAAGAAAUAAAAUCUUAUAUGAAUUCACCAUUCAUUUUCUCUAAAAGCAUAUUGUCUCAUAGUGUUAAGUUAAGCCUCAGCAACAUUUGUUAGAAUUUAGUAAUAGAUACUUACCUACUUAGUUUUAUAAGAUUUUUAAAUUCCAUUUUUUAUUCUUGUAUUUGAAAUAUUAUUUUUGAGGAUUAAAUUUUUAUUAUUUUAAUAAUU